AUGCACGGCUCAGCGACUCUGCACCAAAGCUCUGGCUUCCGGACAAACUCGAGGGUAGCUUUAUGCAGGAUUUCAGGAGUCAUCCAACUCCGACCGAGGUUGUUGACUCCCCGGCUGCUGAAUCCGGCUUAUGUACCUCGUUUGAAUUUGAUUUCUCAAGUCGAAGUUGUUACAGAUCCUCACAAGCAAGCAGUGAACUAUUUCACAAGACAAAUGCGAUCCAGGACGUUCAACCAACGUCAGAAGGUUGAACUGACUCAGAAAUUGAUAGAUUACCUUCGACUCGAUAAUUCUAUAUCUUCGCGACAACUAUAUGAAUGGUGCAAAGAGAUCAAGAGCAGCUUUUCGAGAUAUGACGCCCCUCAACCCAUUAUUUCUUCAUACAUUUACUGCCUUCAAACUCUGCUUCUAAAGAAUCACAGUGAUCAUCGUCUCGUCAACAAAUUAAAUCGUCUCUUGAAGAAUCAACUCGCCUCAAUAAACGCCUUGCCGUAUGAAGUGGGACGAUGGAUACACGGUACAUGGGAGCAACUCGAGCGCUUGUUGGGAGCGGAACAGAGGUUGGGCAAGCUUGCAUGGGCGAUAUCAAAUAAGCAGGCUAAAUACAUCACCACCAACCUAGACAGGAUUAUCCAAGAAAUCUUCUCCAAGAGCCCACCGACUGACCUCUCUUCUCAAACUAGGGUAGCUGCGAUAGCUAUACUCUAUCAUCUGCUGUAUACAGACCAACGGCCAAUUAAUGAUCAUGUCAAAAGUCUCAUGGAGUCAUUAAUCUCGAACAAACAUGGCGAAUUUUUCUUAUUCAAGAAUGAAGAAUCACUGAUCGAGAAAUUAUUGAAUGACUUACGCGACCCCCAGGCCCGUGAUGUGAGGCCUCACAAUUUGAAUGGCAGGACUACAAUUCUCACUCCAGCCCCACCACCCGACAACGCUAGCAGCAGCGAAGGAUGGAUGGAUUUUUAAUACAUACGGGUGAAACACAGUGCCACUCUUCCACCAACCUACACGUGACCAUGGCUCCCGAUUUCCAACUUGCUUCGACUUGGAACGACCCGUCAAUAGACCUGAAUUGACCCCCCCGUCACAACUUGAUUCAGCUUAUCAUAUGGUCAAUACAGUCAUGUUUUAGCAUCAUUACUCCCAUGUUAUCAGACCCACUUAGUCCUUGUACUUUAUCAAAGUAGCAUCAACUCAUUCUUUUACCCACAGUCUCCCCAAUUGUUAACAUUCCUUCAAUAACCUCUUUUGAUUUUAACAUCCCAAUCACGGUCAAGUAUAAUAGCCAAUCAGAAGUCGCCAUAAAGCAACCCGC